AUGGCUAUCUCUUUGUUGCUGGCUUCACUGACCACGCUGGCGGUUGCCGCGUCUCAGGACACUGUCAACGUACCAGAGCUUGUCGGAACGACUUACGGCGAUUAUCAGCAUGCCAACCCCAACGGCGGAUGGAUCCCUGUGACUGGUGCAUACAGCCACGGACAAUACAAAAACGUCGCCAUGCUGUCCUUUGACGGCCUGCACCAAUUUGAUCUUAUCAACUAUGUCGCCAAAUACCCGAAUUCCACCUGGGCCACAGUCGUUUUGAAGAAUGGCAUCAUGUUUGAGAAUGCCCGCGCCAGCUCGCCGUCUGACAGCUUUCCCGCAACGGCAGCACUGUUUGCUGGAGCUUCACCUCGGACCUCUGGUAUUUGGUGGGAUGAUGGUUACGACCGAAGUCUUUACCCACCAGGCUCCAACUGCGAUGGCCCAAUCGGCACAGAGACUUCCUGGGAUGAGUCAAAUGACCUGGACAACACUGUCACUUCCGGUGGUGGUGCGCUCAAUGUCUCUCAUCUUCCGAUGCAGAAGACCAGUUGGGGCAGCUGCGUGCCGGUCUACCCACACAACUUCAUCCGAGUUAACACCGUCUUCGAAGUCGGCCGUGGAAACGGUCUCGUAACUGCUUACGCCGAUAAGCAUUUGACAUACGAGUUCUUGAACGGUCCUUCUGGAGUCGGACUUUCUCAGGUAUACACUCCCGAGAUAGCUGCCGCAAAUAACACCCUGGCUGGCCAGCAGGCAUGGGACGACCUACAUUGGUCGGCACUCCGCAACUGGACGCUCGGUAACUGGGCGAACGGCACAAAGAAUCCAGACGGCGCUCCGUCCAUGUAUGGCGCCAAUUUCCAGGCCAUCACCUGGGCUCAGACGAACGCUGGGUAUACCGACGCAGUGGGCGCGGCGCCGAACAAGUCUCUCGAACUGGCACUGCAAUACGCCGACCAGCGCCUUGGCACUUUCAUCAAUGACCUCCGUGCGAGCGGUCAGCUGGACUCCACCCUACUGUUGCUGGGCUCAAAGCAAGGUCAAGGGCCGAUCAAUGCCAAGAACGAGACCGUCUUCCCCGACACUCACCUCACCCAAAGUCUUGAAGCUGUCGGCAUCCCCGUGGCUCUCACUACCGCUGACGAUGGUGGAAUAAUGUGGCUACAAAAUCAGUCCCAAAUCCUUGAUGCCAAGGCAAACCUUCUCGGGAACGCAAGCUUGGGCGUAAGCUACGUCUUGGCUGGGGAUGAAGUCCAGCAGGCAGGUUUUGGCUCGCCGUGGCUAGAUCCUCGGGUACCAGACUUGGUUAUCGGUGCGAAAAUUGGGUAUCUUUGGGCAAGCUCUCCUCGAUUUGAAGACCACGGCGGAUAUGCGCCCCAAGACUUGAACGUCCCUUUGGUGGCGUACAAUCCUCACCUUGCGCCGACCAAUAUCAGCGUUGUGGUCAGCAACCGCCAAGUAGCCAGCACGAUGCUGCAGGCACUCGGCUUACCACUUGCGCAAUUGGAUGGCUACCGACUUGAAGGCACACCAGUGCUUCCAGGUCUUUUUGAAUGA